CCUUCUUUGCCCUCCCGAAACCCUCGCCUCCAUCCUCCCCCUCCUUUCGCCCAAACUUCCCAUUUCUGCCGAAAACCAUCUUUUAUCUCUCUCCUCUCCCGGUCGCCCCAAAACCAUCGCCUUCUUAAACGAACCUUCGCUAUGCAGUCGCCAUCAUAGCUAACUAGGAAGGCAACGGCGGGAUUGUGGCUUACAGCGACCACCGAAACUCCCAUCCUUCUCAUCCGCCCGCUCCGCUCUUACCAGAAACCAUUGAGGAAGGAUUCAGCUUAAUUCCUGCGUAAAUCCUGCUUAAAACCGGCUACCAAACAGCCCGGCAGUCAUCUCCAUCAUAGCCGCAUCACAUAAUUCCGGUCCCGACCCAUCCAAAGGCAAUACUUUUACAGACCAACAGCAACCCUUCAGAAUCCCUUCUCCCGUCUCAUUUACUACUUUUCUCUUGGCCUAUUUCACCAUUACUUGAUUUUGGAAUUUGAAUGGGAAAGAAGAAGAAGGUAAACCUUCCACCACAGCUUCCGCCGGAUAUCCCAGAUGAAGAAAUUGAGGUUUCUGAUGAGGAUUUGGAUUUCGUGAAAAAAAAUAUUGAAUACGCUGGCUUCCUUACAAAGCUUGACGCUAAUUUGAUCAACAGGCAUGUAUCUCGAGUUGCUGAUUACAAGGAAGACGAGCUAGAAGCAAUAUAUGAGAGGAAGAAAAAGAAAGCUGAUUUGAAGAAAGCGAGGGAGGAGGAGGGCCUUCAAGUAGACCGUGUGGAUGCUCUGCCCAUUAAGACUUUAGAAGGAGAGUUGUGUUACCGAACAGUGGAAGAACCAAAUAUUGUACAUAAGGAUGAUGGGCCUGCAUCCGAGGUCAAAGAGCAUGAUAGUGAUAAAGGUUUGGUGAAACUUACAAAAGCAGAACGAAGGCAAAAAUUGAAGAAAAGUAAAAAGGAGGCUAAAAGGCAAGCAAAAGACGAAGUCAAAGCGACUCUUGUUGAAGGUCUACACUCAGAUGUCUUGGCUAAGGUGGAGGAGGACCUUUCAGCUCAAGAUCUAUUUGCUCGAAAGAAGGUUAGGCUUGCAGAAGUAGGAAUGACAUUGCUCGAGAAUCCUGAGUUGAAUAUUAAAUCCUUAAAAGAUUUGCUGCAUAUCUGUAGCGACGAGGAUCAUAAUAUCGUUAAACUUGGGCUUAUGUCUGUAGUAGCUGUUUUCAAGGACAUUAUUCCCGGCUACCGAAUUCGGUUGCCAACUGAAAAAGAGCUGGAGAUGAAAGUGUCAAAAGAUGUGCUACAAACACGUUUUUAUGAAUCUACCCUUCUAAGCUCAUACAAGGCUUACCUUCAAAAGUUGAUAGCCUUCGAGAAAGAUCCCUCUUUCCACCGCCUUGCAGUGCGGUGCAUGUGUAUUUUACUAGAUGCUGUGCCUCACUUCAACUUCCGUGAGAAUUUAGUGGCUGUGGUUGUCAGGAAUAUAAGCUCUGCAGAUAAUGUCGUAAGGAAAUUAUGCUGUGAAACUAUAAAAUCAGUAUUUACCAAUGAGGGAAAGCAUGGCGGCCAAGUUACCUUAGAAGCCGUUCGGUUGAUUUCAGAUCUUGUAAAGGCCCAUGAUUGCCAGCUCCAUCCAGACAGCAUAGAAGUAUUUUUGUCAUUGUUUUUUGACGAAGAUCUUGGAAAAUCCGAGCCUAAGGAAGAGAAAAGGGAAAAACUAUCAAAGAAGAAAAAGCGAAAGCAACAUCUUGAGCAAUCAAAUCAGCUUCCAAUGAGUGAAGGUAAGAGGAGGAAACAUGAAUUAAUGACCAAGACAAGAGAAGAGUUAAGUGCAGAUUUGAAGUCCGUAUCUUUUGCUCCUGAUAGUGAUGAACGAAGGAGGACACAGUCUGAAAUACUAUCUGCAAUUUUUGGGACAUACUUUCGCAUUCUAAAGCAUUCUAUGGAUCCCUCUUUUCAAAGGUCUAUGCUGAAUGAUAAUUCUUCAUCCACUGGUCCUGGGCCUCGUCCUCUUCUUGGUCCUUGUCUGAUGGGCUUGGGGAAGUUCGCACAUUUGAUCGAUUUGGAUUUUUUAGGCGAUUUAAUGAGUUGCCUGAAAAAGCUUGCCGGAUAUAAUGAAUCUUUCAAUGAUAAUCCCUUAGGUAGCUUGUCAGUUUCUGAGAAACUCCAAUGCUGCAUAGUGGCAUUCAGGGUGAUGAGGAACAAUUUAGAUGCACUGAAUGUUGAUCUUCAGGAGUUUUAUGUUCAGCUCUAUAAUCUACUACUGGAAUACAGGCCUUUCAGAGACCGGGGUGAUGUUCUGGCUGAAGCACUGAAGACCAUGCUUUGGGAAGGAAAGCAGCAUGAUAUGCACAGAGCAGCUGCUUUUAUAAAACGUCUAGCUACAUUUGCUUUGAGUUUUGGUUCGUCUGAGGCAAUGGCAGCCUUGGUAACACUGAAGCAUCUUCUCCUGAGAAAUAGCAAGUGCCGUAGUCUGCUGGAGAAUGAUCCUGGUGGCGGCUCGCUCUCUGGUUUAGUUGUGAAAUACAAACCAGAGGCUUCAGACCCACAUCUAAGCGGCGCUCUCGCCUCCGUUCUCUGGGAGCUCAGCCUCGUUUCCAAGCACCACAAUCCCUCCAUAUCUGGAAUGGCUUCAGGCAUAUCAGCCAUGACGACGAUGAAUCCCUCGCAGACUCAAGCUUACCUCUCCGCCCUUUCUCCUGUAAAUGCCUUCGACGACUCACAGAUCGAGCGCGAGCUUCUCAAAGCUCUAAACAGAAAAUCUUCUUUCAAGCAGAGAAGUAAAAAAAUGGGGAGUGAGGAGUUUGUUGCCAUCGAUGCAGAGAAAGUUCGCGGCUUGGAGAAGGAAGAGGACGAGGAUGUUAUCGAGAGGAAGUUUGAAGAGCAUUUUAUGGUGCUUAGAGACAUUGGAGAGAAUGAGAAGUUGAGGUUGGAGCUCGGUAGAGUAUCUUCGGCUUUGAGCUUAUAUGAAGAAUAUAAGCAGCAGAGAAAGCCGAAGCAGAAGAAGCAGAAGAAGCAGAAG